UCCCGCGGGUACGGUCGGAACUAACGGGACUUCAUCGGCGUACCGCGAGCAGUGCGAAUUGUUUUCCGGCCAUCUGAGCAAAUCAAACCGUGCAUCCGAAAAUCUCCGAAAAGCCAUUGAAAAUUGGUCCGGCAAACGUGUGAAAAGUAGAGUGUGAAAAGUACAUAUUAGAAACUGGAGAAUGCCAAACUGAAAAGUGGAAAAAAGUGCGUUUAAAGUCGCGUCCAUCGCCACCCCAAACUUGUUCGCAAUCGAUUGCGAAAUAAUUAAAAUCGAAUUCAAACAUAAAUAAUUCGCGCAAAGAACCAGCCCCGAAAAAUGCUCGCAGUGCAAAGUGUGAAAGGUUUCUGAGCCGGAAAGUAGGCAACACCGGUGCAGGAGCACCAGGAUACCCAGGAUAUCCAGCAUCCCAGCCAAGCCCCCUCGUCCACCCACCUCUCUCACCCGCAGGAUCGAGGGCUGGGCCACCAUGGGCAGGUCCUGCAGCCGCUCGCUCUCCCUGUCGCUCUGCCUGCUCGUCCUUUCCGCGCUGCACGGCCAGGCGGCGGCGGCAUCUCGCGUCCGCGUCAGCUCCUCGACGACGAUGACGCGCAACAUCGAGGAGGAGAACGCUUUACUUUCACUUCUAGCUGGUCCGCCCGUGCUAUCCGAGUCCAUAAUGGGGACGGUCGGCCGACUGCCCUGCAACGUCACCCCGCCCAUCUACGAGGAUCGGGUGGCCCUGGUCAUCUGGUACAAGGUCGGCCUGAAGACGCCCAUUUACAGUGUGGACACACGCGACUCCAACUUCGCCCAGGGCACGCACUGGUCGGAUGAGAACUAUCGGGAGCGACUCUCCUUCCACGUGGAAGGACGUGCCGGCACGCUGACCAUCAAGUCAACCACGGAGGAGGACACGGGCGAGUAUCGCUGCCGCGUCGACUUCCAGAAGAGUCCGACGCGAAACUCCAAAGUGAAUUUAACUGUCAUAAUUCCGCCCGAAUCAGUGCUUAUAUUGGACAGCAAGGGUAUCACCAUCGAGGAUCGCACGCUGGGUCCCUACAACGAGGGCUCCGGCAUCAACAUCACGUGCGUGGCCAUCGGCGGUCGCCCCCAGCCGAGGGUCACCUGGCUGCACGGCAACACCGUCUACAAGGACGCCAGUGUGGGCCAUGCCCUGUCCGAGCGGCGGGUGGGCAACGUGCUGUCCCUCCAGCGACUGGAGCGCCGCAAUCUCCACAUGCAGCUAACGUGCCGGGCGGAGAACAAUAAUUUGACAACGCCAAUUAUCAGCAGCGUCGUCCUCGACAUGAACCUGCGCCCCUUGAUUGUAAAGCUGCAGGGGGAGAAUCGACCACUGUCGGCGGGGAAUUCUUAUCAGCUCAGCUGCGUUGUCAUCGGAGCACGUCCAGCACCGACGAUUACCUGGUGGAAGGGCAGUACCCCCAUGAAGAAUACUCAUGAGAUUGCCAAUCCGGAUGGAAACAUGACCACCUCGGUGCUGACGUUCACGCCCACCAUCGAUGACCGCGGCAAGUUCCUGUCCUGUCGGGCGGAGCAGAGCAUGAUACCCGAGUCCGGGAUGGAGGACGGCUGGAAGUUGGACAUCUAUCACAUUCCGGUGGUGAGUCUGGAGCUGGGAACCAAUUCGCUGAACUCCACUCUGCGCGAGGGCAUCGAUGUGUUCUUCGAGUGCAACAUCAAAUCGAAUCCGUGGAUAUACAAAGUUAGCUGGCGGCACAAUGGUGAGAUUCUGUCCAACAAUCCCGCCGCCGGCAUUGCCGUGUCCAACCAGAGCCUGGUGCUCCAGAACGCCAGUCGGGCGAGGAGUGGCAUCUACACCUGUGUGGGCAGCAACCGGGAGGGCGACGGCGAGAGCAACCCCGUCCAGCUGGACAUCCGAUUUGCGCCCGUAUGUCGACCUCGCCAAAGGAUCUCUUACAGCUCGGGCCGCCAUGAAACCGUCAAGGUGGCCUGCGAAAUCGAUGCCAAUCCCGCGGAGGCGAGCUACGUUUGGAAAUUCAAUGCGACCCAGGGCGAAACGGUGGACAUACCCGCCUCGCAGGUGGCCGUUGAUAGGGGUCGCAGCAUUGCACACUACACGCCCAUGACGGAGAAUGACUACGGAACGCUGCUCUGCUGGGCCACCAACGAAAUUGGCGAUCAAAGUGAACCCUGCGUAUACACAAUAGUCCCGGCAGGCGAGCCGGAUCCGCUGCUGAAUUGCACGGUGCUCAACCAGACUUCGACGGGCUUCCAAAUCGAAUGCAUAGAGGGCUUCGACGGCGGCCUGCAGCAGGACUUUAUAAUGGAGGUUCACAUGAACGGAACGACGCGCAAUCCCAAAAUUUCUAAAUCAAAGCGACCGUACUUUGAGGUGAGCGGUCUGAUGCCGGGCAUGGGCUACAAUGUCUUCCUCAUCGCCCACAACAGCAAGGGCCGUAGCAACGCCACCAUUUUGCAGGUCUACACGCUGAAGGAUCCGGAGAAGCAGACGGUUACCAUAACAUUCACUAAGUCCUUUCAAGGAUUUAGGCCUGCCUAUCCCAAAGCAAAAACGACAGCAACCACGACCAGCGACUGCGUUUGCGAUGAGGACGAGUUUCUGAACUUGGGCAGGGCAAUUAGCCACGACGAGGGCAAAGACGUUGACCAGCAAGAAGACCUCUCGCUGGCCUAUGCGCCCGUCAUCGAGGACAUCCGGCCAUUCCUCGGCAUUCUGGCCGGCAUCGUGGGCAGCGUGUUCCUGGUGGCCCUCAUCAUUGUGAUUGUGGUGCGUGUGCGCGGCUCGUCGGGGCGCGAUCGGAAUAAUUACUCGCAUCCGGGCAGCGGCGUCGGCGGCGUGGGCGUGGGCGGCACCACCGGCAACGGCAGCGGGGUCGGAGGAGGCGGCGGAGUGGGCGGCACGACGGCCAACGGGAACGGGAGCCUGGGCCUGCUGACGAGCAACAACAAUGGCAGCCUGGUCAUCGGCACACUGGGCCACAAUGGCGGGCAAUCAGUGCAGGAUAUGCACCGCAUCGGCCGGGAGACGUGCCAUGUGACGAGCAGCCUGGACAGCAUCGACAAGAAUCCGGACAUCAUACCGCAAGACGGACACGACCUGGACGACGAGUGGACGACAAAGGGUCAUGGCCGCGCUUACGCCACGGCGGCGAUGGCCGAGCAGAACGCCGUGAUUACCUCCGGCACCUAUGAUCACCUGAUGCCCACGUACGCCGUGGUGGACAAGAAGACAGCCCCGCCCCCCGGCCACGGCCCCUACAUCCAGUAUAAUACGCUCAUCCCCGUCAGCAAAAUGGGCGCUUAUGCCAAUCAACAGCAGCAGCUCCAGCAGCAGCCGCAACAGAAGACUGAGCUCAGCUACAGCGAACUGACCGCUCCUCUGGUGGGCGGUACGGUGAGCGUUCAGCGGAUGGCCCCCUAUUGCAGCGCGACCUUGGGACGGCCGGGCAGGCAGGCGGAACUUAAGCGGGCGGAGCCGAACAUCUACUCGCAGGUAAAUGUGAUGAUGGACGACGAGAUUCUGGCCGACUUGCAGGCGGCCACAGCUUCCGGGAGCAGCUAUGUGGCAGGGGCCGUGGUCGACAAUGUGGGUGGCGCAGCCAAUCUCUACGUUCAAGGCUAUGCGACGCGGAUCGAUCUGGCACAUCAUCCCAUGCCCAUGUACUCGACGAGCCCGAUGUUUGGCACGAACAGCACCAUCACCGGAGUCACCAUGUCGCAUCCAUCACAAUUGGCCACCUUCUCGCCGACGCCGCCGCCGCCCAUCUUCACCCACAGCAUGGUGACCACCGGCGAUGGCCUCCUGCAGCCGGUGACGUGCAUGGGCCUGGUGGCAACAUCUUCAGCAGCGGCAUCGGGUCCGGGACCGGGUCCCCUUCCCCUUGCCCCACAGCAGCAGCAGCAGAUGACAGCGACCAAUGGCGGAAACGGAAGCAUCGUCGGCAUGGGCAUGAGCCUUUAUGGCAGCGAUGUGGGCAAGCCACAGCUGCUGAAGACCGUGCCAGAGGAGAUACACCACCAGCUGAACGGCGAGGAUGUCCUCAUCGCACAGGAUCGCAGCAUCGGAUCCGGAACUCGCUUCUGACGCUAAGUUCUCGGCCGGGAUGGGCAACUAAUCUGAAGUCAAAGGCAAACAGGAAAUGCAAAUCAAAAGAAAGAACUAUGGAAAAUCGGGGAAUAAUUGGUAAACAAAUUGACUAUAAGUUGUAUGUGAUGAGCCAGCAAAAAGUAAUAGAGUUGAUUUUAAAGCAGAGAAAGAGCUACUUAAGUUGGCACUCUUUUAGCGAAGAAAAGAUCAUAAUACGAGGAUACCGAAUGGAGGGAAAACCCUGUAAAAAGAUAACAAUAAACUGUGCAUGUAAAUUGUUCGAAGCAAAAGUGAAGCUCAGCAUUGAAAUCCACUAGGCCUAAGAAGACAUGUAAAUUACGGAAUACAAUUAACACUUAUAGCUAUAAUUAUAACUAACAUUAAAUCGAAAACACUGAAUUGUUAAUAUAUUUUUAAACAACAGCUUUAAGCGCCAAAAGAGAAACAUUAACUUUUAGCUAAGUAAACGAAUUCAUAAUUGUUGUUGACCUUAGUUUGAGUAACCUAGCUCCCCUUACCAUUUAGCUUGUAACCUAGGCUUAACUAAGGCAUUUACAACAUCUAAAUCAAAUUCAUCUAGCUGUAAGCUCCAACUUAGCAUAGUUCAAAUUGUAAUUAAAAGAUCAUAAAGAAUUUAAAGAAACACUAACGCUAAGGUAACUAACUAAUGAACGAUUAAUAAACGACUCAAAUUAGCAAAUCCAGUUUGCAUUUUAUACGUAACGAACUACGAAAAAGGAAAAUUCAAACAGAGGUUUGCCGAACAAGCCCGAAAAUCCCUGGGAAAGUAAAAUCUAGUGUAAGGAGAAAUGCAUAAAAUUAAUAAAAUAAAAGGCUAAGCAACUGCAUGUAAAAUAUUUAACUGAGUAUUAGGCUAAAGUUAAUAAGUUAAAUUUAAUAAAAUGUA